UGCUGUUAUUGUUCACUGGCACAAAAACUGUUCUCCACUUCUUUUUUGUCAAGUCCACUCCAUCACACGAGCACACACCUCUCAAACUCAUCCGGACGAUGGCUUCACAGUAUCCCCGAUCGGCAUCAUCAGACGACCCAGACGACGCGCCUUACUUCAACGUACAGAACAAGAAGCACAAGCUGGAAGACCAGGAAGACCAGGAACAGGACCUGAAACCAGAACUGAAACAACAGGUACAGGAAAGAAAGCAGGAACAAAGCAUGAGCUGUGACAAUGAGGAGCAGGACAAUGAGCCCUCAUCCCAGUUCCAGAACGAUGGAUCCCUAUCAUCAGACAGCAAGACGACCAAGAAAAUAGGCGAGAGGCCGAAUGCAGCCUCGCCUGCGCUGCGAAAGGAACAGAAUAGAGCUGCACAACGAGCCUUCAGGGACCGAAAGGAACGCCACCUUCAGCAGCUGGAGAACAUGAUUAGGGACCUCAAGGAACAGCAAUUCCAUAUCACUGCUCACUUUCAGCGCGAGGUUAAGCAGCUCAAGAUCCACCUCGAUACCACUGUGACGGAGAACCAUUACCUGCGUGAGGUUAUCUUUGCAUUUGAAACGACGCUCAGCAGAGGCGGAUAUGUGGCGGUCCUUCAAGAUGUCAAGCAGGAGCUCUACCGACGUCAACAAGAAAAGCAGAUACAGAAGCAACGCGGCUCACAGGAAUCGUCAUGCAGCCACAAUUCACACUUUCCACAAGUCCCGCAGGCACAAGGUCAUACAGAAUCGUUCGUAGAACCAAUACCAGCACUAUGUCCCAAGGGUCCACCACACCCAUUAACGUUGUCGCUAUCCAAGGCAGACCCUUCGCACGAGAUGGGGAAAUACACAGUCAACAGGGAGAUUCUCUACAAACCCCCACCCCUGUUUGUCACUGUCGCUUCUGAGGAUGGUCAAGUGGUGGCUGUCAAGUCCCCACUCGAGCCGGUGUCGGUCUUGCGGCCAUCAUAUGCAUCUCCAGGAACGUAUCUUCCAAAGCAUACGGAUUACACAAAACAUCCGACCGUAUUUGAUGAACUACAGUCGUCCCUGUUUCCUCCAGGAACACUUCAAUCGCUUGUACGGAGCAGCAUGGCAACACCGCAGGAGGUCGUGAACGACAGUACGAUGCUAGAUCAAUGGCACCAACAAGCAAGGGAUGAGCCUAUCGGAUCUCGACUGCGGGCGUUUGUAUCAUCACUGGGUCUGAACGGAAAUCACCGUCUACAAAAAGAGUUCGACAUCUUGGUCUCAUCGCCUCCGGCUGUGGAUCCGAACAUCUCACCAGAGAUCUACGAGCUGCCACACGAUGCGCGGAUUGAUUUGGUGCCGUGUCCGAAGCUGCGCGCACAGAUGAUUCUGCAUCAAAACAAGUACGACAUGGAUGAGUUAUUUCAGCUGUUGGCAAAGGGGGCGAUCUGUCAUGGACAUGCUUUGGAUGUGAGCAGUUGGGAGUUGCCAGACGAGUUUUUUGACAAAUUUGGAUUUUUGAUGGGACUGGAUAUGGAACGGAUCAGGCGUAAGGUCUGGCCACGCAAGCCUCCACAGGAGAAUGAGAUGACAGAGUAGUAUUGGCAUAAGGCUUAUAAUAACAAUAACAACACUAUACCGCAUGAUAUGGUCAUGGCGAAAUGGAUGUUGCGUGAUGUAUUUGAAGCAUUGGGGAUGGUACUGAGAAAACCAGGAACAGGCACAUUGCCAUGGCCUAGCUCUGGCAUGCGAGUAGAGUAUGAAAAAGGAAUGAGGACGUGGGGCUAGCGUGGGCGAAAGAUCGGAGUAUGAAAGUUACUUUCUCACGAUCCCUCUGGCUGGACGGAAAUUUCUUUUCUUUACUUGGACAAACGGCAGAGCAGCUCCACUGCCUUGGAGGGUAACACACGAGCGCAACAAUGGAUCAAGUGGCGAGCAAGAAAUCAAGCUGUACCUAUUCGGCCAGAUGACUACCAGGAUGAUGACGGUUCUUAUUAUCAACAUCAUUAUUGCCACCAGACAUCAGGACGGAGCCUUGGGACAUAGUGGGGCAUAAGGGCCGAAUAACGUAACCGUGGGUAAAAGCAUAGGGG